GUGCAAGUUGUCGAUUUCAACUUCUCGAAUUGAACAAGCGCGCAAAAGCCGAACCUAAAACCGACCACCCUUUACCAUUCUCACCAUCAUAGCGACCGAUCCAAACUGUCCACAGUUGAUGCGUCCACACGCCAGCAUUUCUGUGCUCAGUCUAGAGCAAAAGGCCUACGUCCCGCCGAAGCAUUCGUCUCCGACCUGAGGCCGUCGCCACUGUUUGCCGCGAUCAUGUUGACAGAAAUCGCCAGCUCCGCCAUGGAGCUUCUUCGACGAGCGGACGAAGAGACGGAUCCCGAUGAAGCCGACUCGGGACAGAAGGAAAUAUUCGCAUCAUGGGCUCUGUUCAUAUCCAUCAUGCUUCUUAUCAUUGCCUUCUUCACAAGUUAUAUGCUACAGCAGAAAAAAGUCCAAGCUGUUCAUGAAACAGUAAUUUCCAUAUUUGCCGGAAUGAUCGUAGGUUUGGUUCUAAGAGUGAGCACCGGCCACUCCAUUCGACAGCUCGUGAGCUUCGAUUACCAAAUUUUCUUCAACCUUCUGCUACCUCCCAUUAUUCUGAACUCGGGAUACGAACUACAUCAGGCCAACUUCUUUCGAAAUAUUGGCACAAUAUUGACCUUUGCCUUUGCCGGUACUUUCCUAUCCGCCGUGGUUAUAGGUCUACUAUUAUGGCUAUACACUCGGAUACCCCUCGAAGGUCUAGAGAUGACCUUUGUCGACGCUAUAUCGGUUGGCGCAACUUUAUCAGCAACAGACCCCGUUACUAUCUUAGCUAUUUUCAAUACCUAUAAAGUAGAUCCAAAACUCUAUACCGUUAUCUUCGGCGAGUCUAUUCUGAACGAUGCCAUUGCCAUCGUCAUCUUCGAGACCGCGCAAAAGUACAAGAGCGAUUCCGCCGGGGCGUAUGGAGUGUUUAGCUUCUUCGAGGGUGUGGGCAUCUUCUUGCUCAUCUUCUUUGGUAGUUUACUCAUCGGUGUCCUCGUUGGUGUUGGCACUGCCCUCGUUCUCAAAUUUACGUACAUCAGAAGGUAUCCUCAGAUUGAGACUUGCUUGAUUGUGUUGAUCGCAUAUGCAAGCUACUUCUUCUCGCAGGGAUUAAAAAUGUCAGGUAUCGUGUCUUUGCUGUUCUGCGGUAUUACUCUUAAACACUAUGCCUAUUUCAACAUGUCACGACGAACACAGCUCAGUACCAAAUACUUCUUCCAAAUCUUGGCCCAGCUAUCCGAAAAUUUCAUAUUCAUUUAUUUAGGACUGUCGUUGUUCACAGAUAACGACCUCCAGUUCCAACCUCCUCUAAUCAUUGUCACUAUUAUUGCGGUCUGUGCGGCACGAUGGGUUGCUGUUUUUCCACUGUCUAAAGCCAUUAACUGGUUUAUUCAUUAUCGAGCGAGACGUCGGGGCAUCGAGGUUAGCGACGAAUUGCCCUAUAGCUACCAAGCUAUGUUGUUUUGGGCCGGUCUGCGCGGGGCGGUCGGUGUGGCGUUGGCUGCUCUUUUAACCGGAAAAAACUCCUAUGCUCUAAAGGCUACUGUGCUUGUGGUGGUGGUACUGACUGUGAUCAUCUUUGGCGGCACCACGGCACGAAUGUUGGAGAUAUUGGGUAUUAGGACAGGGGUUGUCGAAGAGGUUGACAGUGACGACGAAUUCGACAUUGAAGCGGCUCCAGGGGGCUCUUAUUAUAAGCGGUCUGGAACCGGAAUUGGGUACAACCCUAGGCAACGAAAUGGGUCGGUGCGCCUUAACCAUGUGGAUUCCGGGAGAACUAGGCCAGUCGCAGAGCCAGAACGUGGAAGUUAUGUAUCGGGACACCGCUCACCGUCCUUCCCUACGUCGCGCGCUACGAGCUCGAGCCGUAAGGGCACUCGCCAAGCUGGUGAUGAUAUUGAACGAGCAGAUCUCCUCGGUCGUAAUGGCAGUGUAACCGACUCGGACCUUGGUAGUGAUAUCGAUACAUCAGAUCUCCCGCCUCCAGCACGUAAAUCCGCGCGGAAUAGGUCAAGUCCUAUCCUCACGCCUAGCGCCACGGAAGACGAGGAAGGAGUAUUCUCUUAUCCCACCUCGGGUCACCGAGAUGCAAUGCCCGUAUCUGCUAGGGAAGCAUUUAAGCAGCUGCUUACUGCUCAGGACCCUCAGGCGUUAUUCAGACAGCUCGACGAGGACUAUAUCAAGCCUAAACUUCUUCUCGAUGGGGGAAAUGGUGGCCCAAGUGAUAGAAGAGGAAAUGGAGAAGGAGGCUCCGGAUCAGACUAAGCGUAUAAGACGUUACGGUAAACGAUUUGGGCUAAUACCUACCGGUAUGAAUGAUUACUGUAUACUACUAGAUUCAAGAUUCAUUGGCAUUAUGCGGCGUCCUAGGUAUCGUGUUUUAAGCGCAAUACGCUAUGUGGUUAAACCUCGAGUUAUUCGCAUUGCGUAUAUGCGUGUAUCUAAUGUUCAACGAGUCUUUACAUACUACACCACAUACAUAGGUGGUCACUAUGGACAUACAUAUGGAUGUGUAUAU